UGCACACUCGGCAUGCUCUAUGAUAUUCCCGAAUCCCCUUUAAGCGUGCCAACUGCCAAACCAACACUAUUCUGUUCAGUUUGGUUCAGCCAAGCACAAAGUCUCAUGAGCCCAAACUCCAAAUCAUAUCUUCGGCACCGCCUCUGCCACUGCCACUGCCAUUGACAUGCAUUGUUCUCACAAUUAAAAUUGUCAUCUGUUUGGAUAGAAUCGUUGAACCCAUGCUGCGGUUUUGCAGCUCUUAUUCGUAUUUUCUCACUCCCACUCCCGCCUUGAAUGAGCUCUGCCAUUUUGUUAUAGAUAAAGUUGAAUUUUUGCGUAGUCUAUGCCAUCUCCAAAUACCCAACUAACGGAAAUGAACAAUUUGCAGUCUGGGCAUUGUUUUAUGGUAGUGACUAGUGAAUGAGGCUUUUGAAAAUUGAAAAUUGUUGAGCUCCGAAAUGGUGGUAGAGCUGAGGAGCAUGGAGGAUGUUGGACAGAAGAAGUCGCUGUCACUGUACCUUGCAGAUAAAGAUGAACAAGUGUUUGUUCCCAUUUACUUUGGGGUUGUUUGUGCAGUGGCUUCUCUUAAUUUGUUGGGUGCAAGGAAGAAGAUGAUGGAUCUACCAAUGAAUGGCAGGGGCAGCUCGAAGGCAGCAAUUGAAAAUAUGCUGAGAGGAGCUACACAACUGCUAGGAUUGCUUAUUUGGAAGAUGGCAGAGAAAAAUGAUGAGAAGGAAUGGAAAUCGGAGAAAAUUGAAAUCCUCGCCAAGGUUGCCAAGGCUGAAGCAGAGGUUGGUGAGAUGAAGAAGCGAAGAGCAGAGGAUGCCAAGGCCAAUGAAAAAGUAGUUGCAAUGUUUGCCACUCAGGAGCACAACUGGAAGAAUGAAAGAAAGACUCUGAGGCAGCAGUUAGAAGCUGUUGUAAAAGACCUUCAACUUCUGCAAGCCCGCACUCAAAUGCAAAUAAGUAUUGUGGAUGUCGAUGACAAGCAAAAUUGUUGUUCAGAAUGUCUAGUGAAGGAGCAGAGGAUUUCUGAUUUGAAUGAGAAACUUGGCGAGAAGGAGUUCCUAGUGAUGGCUACCGUGCAAGCAGCCGAGGUCGAGCGAAAUCAGCUCCAGCAAAGACUUAAUAGCGCAGAAGCCAUUGCUCAAGAGUUGGAAGAAAAGGUGUCCAAGGAAUCAGAGGAACGCCAGGCUGAAUUUCGAAGGCACAAAGCUGCUUUCAUAGAUUUUGUUUCCAAUCAAAGACAAAUGAAGGCUGAGAUGGGUCUUGCCCUGAGACAGCUUGAAUCAGAAAAUAGAGAACGUCAGAUCAUUCUCAAAGAGCAGAGAGAUGCAAAGGUUCUCAUACACAGGCUCUCAUUGGAAAUUGCCCAUUUGGAAAAGGAUGUGCAGGAGAGAGAACAAGUCAUAUCUGCGAUGUUAGAAAAAUCCAAUGCAGAUGCCAAAGAAAAUCAGGAACUUGAGAAAGAGCUCAAGAUAUCAAACGCAUUGAGAAAGCAAGCAGAAUUUGAAGUUGAAAGGUGGAGGAGAAUAUGCGAAGGGAAGAAAGAUACCACUGCAAAGCAUCGUUGGAGGUUGAGAAGCAGAUUGGCAACUGGGGAUGAUGUUAGAUCAGAUCUAUAUACAGAAAUGAAAAGAUUGCAGGCCGAGGAGAUAAGGAGUUUGCAUAUCAAGUAUGGAAGGCAAGUAGAAUACUUGCAACAUAAGAUUAGCAGGUAUGAAGAGAAAUUAACUGAGUUGGAAGCAAGUAUUUUAUUGCAUUUGGGUCAGAGUGAAAAGAGCCCGUGUUCCCAAAAGCUCCAGUUGGGCUGUUCACGCAGUGGAAGCAAAGAUCUAGUAGAGGUGAGAGAUUGUUUAGAAGCUGAAAUUGAUCCUCUAAAAUCCCAAUCUCCAGUUUCCAAGGACCACCUUGUACAACACACAGAUACGGAGACAUCUAAAGAAUUUUUUCAAAGAAAGAAUAAGGAUAAUGUGACACCAAGAGUGCAAAAUGGCUUUAAAGAUUGGAUAAAGCUAGAUAAAGCAAGACAUGCAGCCCGACUUGGUAAGAAGCAUUGGCAGAAGUUGGAUGCAUUUUCAAGACAGAAUAGAAUCAAUGAUGACAGGAUGGAGGCUCUUAAUUGGCAUAUGAUUAACAUGGAAAGAGGUACAGAAAAAUUACAAUCAGAGAUUGAAAUUCUUAAUAGCAAUCUAAAGCAGGCAAGGGAGGAAAAAUUAGCAUUGGAAACUUUGUUGGUUGAGAAAAAUCAUGAUUUAGAACUACUGAAAGAAAUGCUGGAUUUGCAUCAGAAUAAGCUUUGUAAUAAAAAAAAUUCUCAUAAUUUUCAUCUCCGACCACCUGAAUUGGAUGCUGAGGCAAUGCAGUUGGAACUCAAAGCACUGAAGAGGAAGUUUAGGGAGAGAGAGAGAGAUCAUAGAGCCAUAUUAAUCAAGGUUUUAGAGGAGGUAGAAAAUGAGCUUCAAGACAAGGAUUAUAAGUUAGCUGUUACAGAAGCAAAAAUGAUUCAAGUACAGAUACAAUAUGAGCAAGAAAGAAAAUCUAAAGAAAAGAUUAUAUCCGAGACAAUUAAAAAGAUAAAUGGUUCACAAAAUUGUUCAGUGGAUCCUGUGGUUGAACAGCAUGAAUCUUGCACAAAAAGCACCACAGCUGAUGCCUGUGUCGAAGUGGAAAAAUUGUCUGAAAUGAUUGCUCGAGCAAGGGAUCACAUGAUGGAGAGGGAGAAUCACCAUGAAAAGCAGUUAAAUGAUCUCAUUGAGCAGGCUGCUAAGGUUUCUAAAGCUGGUUGUCAGCUAAGGACAGUAAAGAACUUGCUUCACACUGCAGAAGAGAAAAUUGAAAAUUCAGUAGAGUGCAGUAUGUCUCAGACUUUUCAAGAAGAAAUAUAUAUCUCAGUAGCUGAUCCAUGCAUUUUAAACAAGGAACACGAUGUGGGUAAGCAUAUCUCUGAUGUAUUGCAUAGGAAUGAUUCCCUUGAAACACAGAAUUUAGGGAAUAAGCAUUAUGCAGAUGACAUGAUAAAGCCUGCAGAAUUACAUGAAGAACAAGGGAUCUCUGAUGAUUGCAAGAAUGAUACCAAAAUGAACUCUGUUAAUGCAGGGAAUCGUGUUUUGAUGCUAAGAAAUGACACAAGAAACAACUCUCUGAGCACAAAGAAUAGAUUUUUGAUCCGAAGAAGCAAUGCAUAUUCGAAAGGGAAAACUAUCAUUAGUGGCCAGUGUUCAACAUUGAUGAAAAUGGAGCAGCCAAGAGAUGAAGGUCACUCAGAAAGAAAAAACCAAAGGCAGGCUUCUGAAAAAAACUUGCCUCUAACUCAUUCAGUUUCUGAUACAAAAUUACAUAGAAAUUCUAAUGCCCCUGUUGAUGAAUUGGCUUCCUUGAAUGUAUUAAAUGGAGAUUCAUCCUGGCAGAAGGAUGCCCAAGCACUAGCAGUUUUUUCAAAGGUCAAAGAACUUGAGCAGCAGUUAGAACAGCUAGAGAAAAUAAGCAAACUGGAAAUGUCCAAUUUACCAAAUAUAAAAGAUGCUCGAGUAAUGAUCCAAACAGAAAAUGACAAUGAAGACUGGCAAGCGCAAUUAAAAUUGGCACCUAUUUCUGCAAUUCACUUACUCAAGAAACAACUAAAGAGAUAUCAGUCACUUAUAGAAAAAAUUGACGAUUUAUGUAAACGGAUGCAAAACAAAGAUGCACUGGGAACCGUGAAUUGUUCUCUUGAUCCUAGAACAAGAGAACAAAGUGCAGCAAAAGAGUUGUUUCUUAUAGAAACAUUCCAGCUACAACGUUACGUUGUGGCAACAGGUCAGAAACUGAUGGCAAUACAACAGGAAAUUUCACAUAAUAUGAGUUCUACAAGCAAUGAGCUUGGUUUUCCAGCUAUAGUAAAUAUCUUGGAAUCCAUUGAAAUUGCCAAAUGUAAUCUGAAGGAAAUACAAAGGAACCUGGAGGUCAGGAUAGCGAGAAUCAUUGGCGAUCUGGAGGGGACUUUAGCAUGCGAGGGAAUCUUGCAUGUAACACCGAUGGAGUGGAGUAAAAGACACAAACUAAAAGCAGGAAAGAGUGUAACCCCUUUCCAGGGUUCUGAGGCCAGACUGCAGGAAAAUGCCCCUGUGAGAGUGUGACAAUAAAGAUCAAUCAAAGUGGUCUUAUGACCUCAUAUAUCUGGAGUUACCAUUUAAGGAACUUCGAUUUUUUGAAACAACAAAUUAUGCAAAGAUAUUGGUCCAAAUAGUGAUAGCUGAUAUCAAACUACACCAUUAAGGCAGUCAAGCUUUGACGAGCAAUACAUCCAAAGCAUCAGCAUACUGGGGAGAGAAUAAUGUUGGAAGAGUUCAUACUUUUGCUUGCCAAAUGAUUAUAAACACCAUACAGUGAAAUGAGUUGAGUUCCAGGAUGCAUACUUUUCCGAGGUCCUCUUUCUAGUUGAUCUUAGUACCUUAUAUAUCCUGUAGGAUGCUGGUCUCUAUUGAUCGAUAUGUAUCAUCUCCGUGACUAGUUGUCGUCACCGAAUGGGGUCUUGCCUUUAAGAACAUUUUGAAGGGGAAUGUUCUAACUUAUGCAAUGAUAAUAUUGACUUGAUAUUGCUGUAGAAUGAAAAAAAGAUUUACCAUCAUGGAAACUAACAUGUUGUUUUUGGAAUCAAUUAUAUACAAACAUUAUGCUG